AGAUCUAGAAAUCAUUCGGGAGGAUUAGGGUAGAAUUCAGGCAUCGCCUUUGGAAAUAAAUCUGGAAAUAUCGUCGCAUUUUCUAUCAAUAAUUAUUUUUGUUUAGAGAAAUUGAAUAAUGGGGAAGAACGAGUUUCUGACGCCGAAGGCAAUCGCGAACCGGAUCAAAGCGAAGGGCCUCCAGAAGCUCCGAUGGUACUGCCAGAUGUGCCAGAAGCAGUGCCGCGACGAGAACGGGUUCAAGUGCCACUGCAUGAGCGAGAGCCACCAGCGCCAGAUGCAGAUCUUCGGUCAGAAUCCAAACCGUAUCGUCGAGGGCUACUCGGAGGAGUUCGAGUGCUCCUUCCUCGACCAUAUGAAGCGCAGCCACCGCUUCAGCCGCAUCGCCGCCACUGUCGUUUACAACGAGUAUAUCAACGACCGCCACCACGUCCACAUGAACUCCACCCAGUGGGCCACCCUCACCGAGUUCGUCAAGUACCUCGGCCGCACCGGCAAGUGUAAGGUCGAAGAGACCCCGAAGGGUUGGUUCAUCACUUAUAUUGACCGAGAUUCCGAAACGCUCUUCAAGGAGAGAAUGAAGAAUAAGCGAAUGAAGGCAGAUUUGGUCGAGGAAGAGAAGCAAGAGAGGGAGAUUCAGAAGCAGAUCGAGAAGGCCGCCGAGCAGUUAAUGCCGCUCGUAACCGACUCUCAGAAGCCCGAGCCUCAGCCCGUGAAGGAAUUGAAAUCUGAGGCUGAUGCUAAAAUUGGCUUCGCGCUCGGCUCGUCUUCGAAACUGAAAACGAAAGAGAGCAGCGAGAGUUCGAAAUCGGUGUUUGAUGAAGAUGAAAACGAGAAGAACGACAAGAGAAAUCAAGGGGCGAAGAAUAAAUCGGUUUUGGAGGAAUUGAUGCGCGAGGAGGAGAUGAAGAAGGAGAAGAUGAACCGAAAGGACUAUUGGCUGACCGAGGGAAUCGUUGUGAAGGUCAUGAGCAAAGCGUUGGCUGAGAAGGGUUACUAUAAGCAAAAGGGGAUUGUGAGGAAAGUGAUCGAUAAGUAUGUUGGAGAGAUUGAAAUGCUUGAAAGCAAACAUGUGCUAAGGGUCGACCAGGCUGAGCUCGAGACCGUGAUUCCGCAAAUUGGGGGCCUCGUGAGGAUCGUGAAUGGAGCGUAUAGGGGAGCGAUUGCCAAGCUGUUGGGUGUGGAUACGGAGAAGUUUUGCGCCAAGGUGCAGAUAGAGAAGGGUGCCUACGUUGGUAGAGUGCUUAAAGCUGUUGAAUAUGAGGAUAUCUGUAAAGUUUCCCAGUGAGGAGGCAGAAUUAUAACUUAUGGUAGUGGCAGAAAAGGCGAUGUGACUGGAGAAGAGUGCGUUUGGAUCCCUUUUAUAGGCAGAAAUUAGAAUUUUGAGCCUUUGUUUUCUUAGAUCAAUGUAGAUUAGCCAAAGCAUCGAAGCUUCUUGGCGUUGGGUCCCACUCAGAUCAAUGUCGGCGUUUACCUGAGGUCAACUGUCUAGACUGUGGCUGGUAUCUUUUGCAUUGCAACUUCCCUACACUUACCUGGGCGGUUCAGUAUUCCCUCUUGGAUGAGAAAAGCAAUAAAACCUCUGAAGGUACAAUCAGAAGUUGCAUACUUGUGUGGUAACACCUUCUGAGUACUUUCAGUGUGAACAAAGACAGUUCAUGAUAUCUCAAAAGUCCUAUGUUAACGUGUCGCCUGGUUUUACAAUUUGUGAUGUUUAUCACAGAACAGGAAGCUUCUGAUACGGGACAGAGAGUUCUUAGACAACCCAAUAUCUAUGGGGGCCUUGCUUCUGCUACAAGCUGGAGCAAUUAUUUAGGUAGCCUGGAUGCUGAUGAGAUGAUGGUCUCGACAUUAAGGUUGUGUUUGGAUGUUAAAGUGAGUU